CUACCAGACACCGUACGGGAGAAGAUAAAAUUCGCGGUUCUCCUUCGAGAAUGUCGCGGGAGCGUUAUAGAUAACCGCGUGAAAGAGAAACUGGAGCCAACGAACCUCCUGUUACGGUGUUUGACACACGCACAAGGUGUGUGUCUCGGCCAGUUCGUGAUGUUACUUUUGGGCCUCUGGUUCGAGGCGGUCGCUGCCGCUCUACUGACGAUAUUAGUGCUCGCGACCAGUUAUCGGCCAGCCUGGUGGUCCUGGACAGGGACGUUUAACAAGAAGAACGCUACUACGGCCGAGGAUGAACACCCGAGAAAAUUCAAGACGGUGGUCGACGUGCCGGGGCCUUAUUGUCUGCCGAUACUCGGUACCAGAUGGAUAUUCUCCUGUUUCGGUUAUUACCAACUGAACAAGGUCCACGACGCUUAUAAAGAUCUGAAUCAACGGUACGGGCCGUUGUGCAAAGAAGAGGCAUUAUGGAACUUCCCUGUGAUCUCGGUGUUCUCCCGUCGCGACAUCGAGGCGGUACUAAGACGAAGCUCCAAGUACCCGCUUCGUCCUCCGCAGGAGGUCAUAUCCCAUUACCGACGGUCCCGUCGCGAUCGUUACACGAAUCUCGGUCUGGUCAACGACAGAAACCGAACAGGGACAAACGUAGCACGAUCUUCGAAGAUUCGUCGACGAAGAACGGGAUACAAAGUAACUGGUUUCGAGGAGCUCGCCUACAAAAUGGGUCUGGAAAGUACCUGCACCCUGAUCUUGGGCCGACACCUUGGUUUCCUGAAGCCGGAUUCCAACGGUUCGGUCACGAUGAAGUUAGCGGACGCUGUUCGAGUCCACUUCAUGGCUUCGAGGGACGCUUUCUACGGUCUGCCCCUUUGGAAACUGCUUCCGACUUGCGCGUACAAACAGCUGAUAGAGAGCGAGGACACAAUAUACAGCAUCAUCUCGGAGAUCGUGGAGGCCACGAUACAGGAGAAACGAAACGACGCCAAGGACGAAUCCGUGGAAGCCGUUUUCCAAUCGAUUCUCAAGCAGAAGAGCCUCGAUUUGCGUGACAAAAAGGCGGCCAUUGUGGACUUCAUAGCGGCUGGCAUUCACACGCUUGGUAAUACUCUGGUGUUUCUGUUCGAUUUGAUCGGGCGUAAUCCAAGAGUACAGGCGGCACUGUACGAAGAGGUGUGCUCGCUGGCACCGCCCGGUUGCGAUCUGACGAUCGACGAUCUACGGAACGCCAAGUAUCUGCGUGCCUGUAUAAACGAGUCCUUUCGAGUCAUUCCCACGACGCCCUGCAUCGCUCGAAUCUUGGACGAGCCUAUCGAAUUCGGCGAGGAGUAUCAUCUUGCUGCCGGAACUGUGGUCAUCCUACACACCUGGAUAGCUGGUUUGAGUGAAGAAAACUUCAAAGACGCCGCGAAUUUUAUGCCGGAGAGGUGGCUGGAACCAGUCGCUCCUCAUUCGCCCCUGUUGGUCGCACCUUUUGGAGCUGGCAGAAGGAUAUGUCCGGGAAAACGUUUCGUAGAGCUCGCGUUACAGCUUAUUCUGGCCAAGAUUAUCCGAGAGUUCGACAUCGUCGUGGACGGAGAGCUCGGUUUACAAUUCCAAUUCAUCCUGGCACCGCAAGCUCCAGUGUCUCUUGGAUUCCGUGACCGUCCUCAGAAAAUAUAA